AUGCACCAUUCAUCGUCUAAUCCUCAUCGAAAAUCACCUAUACGUGUUUGGGUCGAUGGAUGUUUUGAUUUAGUACACUUUGGACAUGCGAAUGCAUUACGUCAGGCUAAAUCACUCGGUGACCAAUUGAUUGUUGGUAUACAUUCAGAUAAAGAAAUUACUAAACAUAAAGGACCACCGGUAUUUCAUGAACAAGAACGUUAUCGAUUGAUUCGUGCUAUGAAAUGGGUUGAUGAGGUAGUCGAAGAUGCACCUUAUUUUACUUAUGUGAAAACAUUGGAAAAAUAUUCAUGUGAUUUCUGUGUACAUGGAGAUGAUUUAGUGGUAUCCAAUGAUGGAUCAGAUCCUUAUGCAGAAGUCAAGGCAGCUAAUCGAUACAAAGAAGUGAAACGAACUGAAGGUAUAUCUACUACAGCUUUAGUAUCAAGAAUGUUAAAACGUAUACAACAAUUACAAGAUCAAGGUACUUAUGCAUCACAAUUCGCUUCAAGUACUGAAUCAUCCAUACGACGUACACAAUCAUUAGAUUCUGUAUUAAAAACGAAAGAUAAAUUUAUGCAUCCUUGUAAGACAAAUGAAACAUUAUCACCCAUUUAUCCUGGUUUAAAUUCAAAUUACGCCAAAACUAAUAAUCAUCAUCCUGCUAGUGGUGAUAAUCAUGAAAAUGAUGUGACUAAUUCUAUUAAUGUAUCAAUUUGGUCUACUGGGGGUAUGACUUAUAUGCCAAAUAUUUUACGUAUAAGUCAAUUUUGUGCUGGACAAUUUCGUGAACCAACUAGUAAUGAUAUUGUUGUCUAUGUACCGGGUACAUUUGAUCUAUUCCGUUUCAAUUAUUAUGAGGCUGCAUCACUGUGGACAUCAAUUGUAAAUAGUGAUUAUGAUCAACAUGAUAAUAUCACACUAACUGGUAAUAAUAAGCCAACACAUUUCACUACAUCAUCAUCUUCACCGUCCUCGUCAGUUGUACAUAAAGUAUCUGGUCUAACUGAAUCACAACUAUUUACUUCACAUCGUUCUAAUGUUGUAAAUAGAACAUCUGAUAGUAUGAAUGUGACAACAACAAAUGAAGCAUUAUUAAAAGCCAUACUCAUCACUAAUGAUAGACGUAUCGAUGCAAUACGUCGAUCAACUAAACGUACCGUUUUCUAUUGUCGAGUUUAUGGAGCUCGUAAAGUUGGCAAAACAUGUUUCAUGCAAGGUUUACUUGGUCGUAGUUUGCACGGUUCCGGUGGUACGGGAAUCGGUGGUGUCACAGAUUCUACAUCGAAUUGGGUCGCUGCAUGUGGUCUGCCAGUUUAUGGUCAAUCGAAAACUUUAUUAAUGCACGAGAUCAGUGCUAGUGAUGGUGAACAAAUGUCAGCUAGUGAAGCAUUAGCAAGUGAUGUUGCUUGUUUAGUAUAUGAUGUAUCCGAUGCAGAUUCAUUUCAUUAUGUAGCUAAUAUAUUUCUUAAUUUUUAUCGUGGUACACGUGUACCAUGUCUGUUUGUUGCAGCUAAAUCUGAUCAAUUACCUGUUCUACAAAAUUAUCCAAUUGAUCCUAGUGAAUUGAUUACAAAAUAUCAUUUACCACCGAUUGAAUCAUUUUCUAGUGUGAAUUUAUCACAAAAACGUCAACAAUCAUUACGACCAAAUAAUUCAUUUACUCAUUUAUCUGAUGCUACUACUACUACUCCUGGUACUACUACUACUAGGACGACUAAGUGUAGUGGUGAUAUACCUGAUGAUAUCAAUACUCAUGCUACUACUACUACAACAACAACUACUACUACUACACCGUUUCCACGAAGACGUCGCGCCGGUUCAGCUGAUCCAAUUUCUCCAUUCAAUGAUAGUAAUAAUAACAAUAAUAAUAAUAAUGAUUUCAAUAGAACACCACUUCAUUUACAAGAUUCUACAUCAUUAGAACAUUCAUUAAAUCAUGAUUCACAUGUCAUUGCAAAUCAGUUAUCAUCAUCAUCAUCAUCAUCAUCAACUACUGGUAAACAUUAUUCACGUGCUGAAUUACAUCAUCAUCAUUUACGUAAUCAACAGAAUUCGCAUUUUGCUCCUGUAUACAUUAUGUUGUGUACAAUGGCAAAUUAUCCGCAUCAUCGUGGAUUUGAUUUAGCUCGAACGGAUUAUGCAUGGAAAUGGACAUUGGCAUUCACUAUUAUGACAGGCAUUGGAUUUUUUGCAUUUCAAAUGGUCAAAACUCACUUGUAGUAUAUAUAUACAUAUUCAUCAUUAUACAUACUUCUUACUCUUCCUGUAUAUUAUUAUUAUUAUUAUUAUUGUUAUUAUUAUUAUCUCCAAAAUUCUUUUCACCUGUCGUCUUAACUCUUUUCCACUCUUUUUUUUUAUAAUCUUUCGCUUCAACACAGUUAUAGUUUUUAAGGAGAAAAAAAAAAAAGAAAGCAUAUUACACAAUGUAAUAAGUUAUUCCAAAGAUUAUUUAUUAUUCAAUACUGACAUUUAAUAAACAAAUGUCAUCACUUAUAUAUAUAUAAAUCACGAUUUAUGAUUGGAAAGUUGAAUUUCCAUUCAAACUGUAACAAAUUUACAUGGAUGUUAGUUGAACACACUAAAAAAUAGAAAAUAUUGUCAAGAUAUGGAUAUUCUUUUCAUUUGCAAUACUCAUCG